AUGCGCGGCUGGGCUUCCGGUGGUGGUGUCUACGAAGAUUUCCUGCGCCUGGUCACUGCUCCCAGCGGUAGACGCGACGCAACCCGUCUCAACCGCCUCGUCAAUGCCCUUGUUGCUAUGAGCGAUCGCAUUGAAGGAUCUGGCAUGGAAGGAUUAGAAGAGCGCGUCGCAUUUAAGGAGAUGAGUCGCGCUGUUACUGGUUGGAUUACUCACGAAGAUGUUCAGUUCGUCGAAUCAUCCACACUCCUCGGCCUUCCCCUAACAGGCGACGCCCGCAUCGCCCAAACAGCAGAAAUGAGCCGCCGCUAUUACGGCGUCAUUAUGGCAGGUGGCCAUUAA